AUGAUCCGGGCUGUUCCUAGCAUUGCAUCUGAUAACGUGUACUGCACACUCCUUGCUCAAAGUGCUGUUCAUGGAGCAAUGGCAGGCUACACAGGGUUUACAGUUGGGCCAGUCAAUGGCAGACAUGCUUACAUACCGUUCAAUAGAAUUACUGAGACGCAAAACAGGGUUGUGAUAACGGAUAGGAUGUGGGCAAGGCUCUUGUCUUCAACGAAUCAACCGAGCUUUUUGAGUUCAAAAGAUGUCAUCGAAGCCAACAAGGAGGAAGAACCACCAACUCAGUUGUUGGAUGAUAACUACCCAGACAAAAAGUUGAUAAAUACAGACACUUAA